GGAUUUGCACGGACCAUGGCAGCAGCGACUGGCCGCGUCAACAAGCACGGCGAGCCCGUGGUGAAGGCCGGCGUGCUCUUCAAGAAGGGCUCUGGCGGCGGCCUCCUCAAGCGCAAGAACUGGAAGCCGCGGUACUUUGAGCUCACGCAGAACGCGCUGCGGUACUUUACCUUCCAGGACGGCGAGGUCAAGGGCGAGAUCAUGCUCAAGACGUGCGGCGAAGACGUGCUCGAGAUCAUGCCGGCCGACUCGAUGAAGACGGGCGGGUCGGCUUCGACGAUCUGGCGCAUCGCGAUCAACGCGCCGUCGCGCCGGCUCCUCAUUGCCGCGGGCACCGAGCACGAGAUGAAUGACUGGGUCGACGCGCUCCUCGCGGUCUUCCACGCCAACACGAAUGGCACCGACGUCUUCCAGCAGGCGCGCGGCAGCCUCGCGGCCAAGGAGCUCGACUUUGCCUCGAUGCCCCACAUCAAAAAGUCGAUCGCGUCGCCGAGCCGGUCGAGCGCGUCAGGUGGCAGCAGCAUGUUUGUGCGCCCGUCCCAGACCUACUACGUCGAGCAAGAGGUCACGCGCGCGCCGCCAUCGUACGUGGAAGAAGAGAUCUCUCGACCCAUGCCCAAGGCUUCCUCACCACCGUCGUCGUCGUCGCCGCCGUCGUCGAUCUACGUGCCGACGCCCGAGCCCAUCUUGUAUGCACCGACGCACCCCGACCACAUUGUCCACCACGAAGCGCCGCCGACGCCGAUCAUCACGCCAGUGAUCACACCCGUCACGACGGAGGCGCGCAAGAGUGAGAAGGGUCCGAACUUUGAUCCGUCGGGCGAAUACGCCUUUUAGUAGUUAAAGCAUCCGUCAUAAUAUAGAAAAAAACUCGUGGAGAUCGC